GAUCUUCAAAAGGUUACACUUUGAGUUUAAAGCUUUAAACUAUCACGUGUCGCCCAUAAACUAUAAUUUUUUUUUUUUUUAGCAUUUUAUGUUUUAAUCAUGGUAAAACGCAAAUUGCCUAGCAAGUCGGAAGUGUUGGGGCAAGAGGAAGAAAAAGCGUUUGACGAUUAUGAACUAUUGAAGCCCGAUGGUGAAAUUAAAACUGAUGAGGACAGCUCUGACGAUGAGGUGGGUGAAAUAGGCGGUGACAGUUCCGACGAAGAUGAUGAAGACGGGGCUGGCGAACCGGAGAGCGAAGAUGAUGAAGACGAAGGUGGCGAGGAUGAUGAAGGAGGCGAGUCGGAUGCGACCGUCGGGAGCGAUGAGUUGGAAUGGGAGAGCGAUGAAGAUGAGGAUAAAACGGAAAAUAGUUUAGACAAAUCCGUCAAUGGUAAUAAAGAGACACCAGAAAAACAUGCGGAACCCGUUGAUCCUCCGACUGUGACAAAAGAUGAAUAUGAAAGUGGAGACACAUCUGAUGAAGAGGAUCUUAGAAACACCGUAGGCAACAUCCCAAUGAAUUGGUACGAUGAUUACCCACAUGUCGGUUAUGACUGGGGUGGUAAGAAGAUAUUAAAACCCCAGCAUGGAGACCAGUUGGAUUAUUUCUUAAAGAAAAUGGAAGAUCCAAAUUUCUGGAGGACAGUUAAAGACCCUCAGACCGGUCAAGAUGUAAUAUUAAGCGAUAAAGAUAUAAAUUUGAUUAAAAGAUUAGAAAGCCAGAAGAUUCCGGAUGAAUCGUUCGAUGAAUACGCUCCCUGGGUGGAGUGGUUCAGUUCUGAAGUUAUGCAAAUGCCUUUGAGGAAAUUUCCCGAGCACAAAAGGUCUUUUGUGCCGAGCAAGGUCGAAAUGAAGAGGGUAUCUAAGUAUGUGUACGCUUUGAAAAUGGGUUGGAUGAAAACUAGAAGAGCGAUGAAGGCCAAACAGAAAGCUUUGGAAGAGAAAGGACCGCAGUUCUAUUUACUUUGGCAGAGUGAUGAUGCCGCUGAAGAGAUGAGGAGGAUUCAGAACCAUAUCCCGGCUCCCAAGAGACCUCUUCCAGAUCAUUCCGAAUCGUACAACCCUCCUGAAGAAUAUCUGUUUAAUAAAGCGGAAAUGAAGAAAUGGGAAAGGGAGAAGAAAUCUUUAGGAAAUAAAAAACUUCAUUUUGUACCACAGAAGUAUAAUUCGUUGAGGGAAGUGCCUGCUUACAAACGUUUCAUACGGGAAAGGUUCCUUCGUUGUCUUGACCUUUACAUGUGCCCUAGGGCUAUCAAGAUGAAAUUGACUAUAGAACCGGAAGAUUUAGUGCCACAGCUUCCAAAUCCAAUGGAUCUUCAACCGUUCCCUACUACGAUGGUCAUCGUGUAUACAGGACAUACGGACAUGGUGAGGUCGAUUACUGUUGAUCCAAGUGGUCAGUUUUUAGCAUCUGCUUCUGAUGACGGUACACUGAGAUUGUGGGAAGUUAGCACUGGGCGUAACCUUAGGACUGUUGAGCUAGGUGGAAUUGCGCGAAGUGUUGCUUGGUGCCCGAAUCAAGCAUUGAGCCUUAUAGCAGUUGCAUCUGAUCGAAAAUUAUUUAUUAUUAACACAAAGCUUGGUGAUUCUCUUGUUAUAUCCAAAACUGAUACUCUCCUCUCAGAACUACCGGCUGAAGAUAAAGUAAUGUCUGACAGAAUCAAGGCUGCAGUCCAAUGGGAACAUGUUGAAAAUAGUGAAUUGUACGAUUCCACCGUUAGAAUAAUACUAAAUCAUUUUAAAGAAAUCAAACAAGUUUCUUGGCACGGACGUGGUGAUUAUUUCUUCACGUUAAUGCCUGAAGGUGAAAAUCGAUCUGUUUUGAUUCACCAACUAUCUAAAAGAAGAUCUCAGCUUCCGUUUUCAAAGACAAGAGGUCUUGUCCAAGCUGCUCUUUUCCAUCCGACAAAGCCUUUGUUCUUUGUUGCGACACAGCGGAACGUCCGUGUCUACGAUUUGGUCAAUCAAGAAAUGAUGAAAAAAUUAAUAACCAAUUCAAAAUGGAUUUCUCACAUGGCAAUUCAUCCAGGCGGUGAUAAUCUACUUGUAGGAACGUACGACAGAAAGGUUUUGUGGUUUGACUUAGAUCUAUCGACUAAACCUUACAAGACUCUAUCGCUUCAUAGCCAGGCAGUGAGGAGUGUCGCAUUUCACAAAAGAUAUCCGCUCUUCGCUUCGACUUCUGAUGAUCAAAGCUUAAUUAUUUCUCAUGGAAUGGUGUACAAUGAUCUUUUGCAAAAUGCUCUAAUUGUGCCUUUAAAACGAUUUAGCUGUCACAAACAAGUUAACGAUUUCUCUAUUUUUGAUGUUGUUUUCCAUCCUUACCAGCCUUGGGUAUUCACAAGCGGUGCAGAUGGUACUGUAAGAUUAUACAGUUAAAUAUAAAGAGUACCAGUUGUAAAUAUUUAAAAUUUGUAUAUAAUUUAUUUUAAACAAAUAAAUAUUAUUCCAAACAAAUUAUAAA